CCAACAUACACAGCACACAGAGAGCCAAACGUCGAAAUUAAUAUGCAUGAAAUCAAAAGCGACAAUGAUCAAACUAGUUUUCGAAUGAAACGAUUGGCCGCAUUGACCGAUCUUCAAGCCAACUCGGCAGCUGACGUCGUUGCCAUGCCCAAUUUUGAGUUGAACACACUUGGGCUAAUGCCUUCUUGAUUUAUAUACUUAUUGUUAAAGACAGAACUUUUGGAUGGAGUGCUCAAAAAAGUUCUAAAUAUACUUAUGCAUGGCGAACUGGAGUAGUAAUAUUUAAGCUUGUAUUUAGCUUAAGCAAGUAGAAGGGAUAUGUUAAUAAAUAUAGCCAAGUUUUAUCAAUCCUAUCAAAUCCUUAUCUAAGAGUUCUUUCAUUUUAAGUUCAUUGUUAGUGGAGAACUAGCCAAUUAGUAGAACUAUCUUGCUUAGCGACUAUUUAUUUCAAGUCUUUCAAGUUUGAUAAGAUGCAAAAUGUGCAGGCACAUUAAAUCGAAAAACCAGAUGAAGCAUCAAAUUAUAGUUUUGCGAUUUCAAAAAUGCGCUUAAGUUCGCGCAACUAAUAAAAAUUACAUAAAUUUGGUGUGAGAUAUGCAAGCAUUUGUUGUUUGACUGUGUCUGGGCUUAGUUUGCAAACUAAGUAUAAAAGUGUGCAUCCUGCAGACCAUCGCUAUUAUUCGUAUCAAACCCUUUGAGAUCUGCCAACGAGCCAAAAUUCAACAUGAAGUUCCUUAUCGUCUUCGUCGCCCUCUUCGCUUUUGCUGCCGCUUUGGAUUCCGAAGCCCAAAUUAUUAAAUUUACUUCCGACGUUGGACCUGAGAGCUUCAACUACGAGUAUGCGACCAGUGACAGCCAGUCUGCUAACGCCCAGGGAAACUUGCUAUACCCUAACACCGAUCACGAGAGCCUUUCUGUCCAGGGAUCCUACAAGUACGUUGGUGAUGAUGGUGUCACCUACGAGGUUCGGUACGUCGCCGAUGAGAACGGAUUCCAGCCCCAAGGAGCUCAUCUGCCCGUUUCUCCCUAA